GCCCAUCGCAGUUGGAGCAAGCCCACCCCUCUCUGCAGUAUGCAUGUUCGCCAGGGAAUCCGCGAAGCGCUCACGUCCCAGCAGUGUUCUUCACCGGCCAGAGACGAUCCGCUCAAGAGUCGAGGAUAAUAAAAACUGGAUGUGGCAGGCGGACCGGAGGCGGAAAGCCCGGAGUGACCGCAGGAAUACAGUAUUACUACAGGAACACAGGCUGCCUCUCUCCUCUGAACGUGGACAAUCAUGCAUGUGCUCUUCUGGGGCUUGGGGUUCCUACUAUUCCCUGAUUUCUUGAACGUGGUCGCAUCUACGGGGAGAUUGCUUUUGAAUUCGAGCACAGUAAAAGAGGAGAUCGGCGCUUAUGAGAUUGUAACACCGGUGCGAGUGAAUGAAGCCGGUGACAAGUUUCCAACCAGUGUGCACUUCAAGAGGAAAAGGCGAAGUUUGGAGGACGAGGGCACCGGCAACUCCACGGAUCACUGGGCCUCGCCGAACAUCCACUACAGGAUAUCUGCUUUCGGACAGAACUAUCACCUCAACCUCACGCUGGAUUCGGGAUUUAUCGCACCUCUCUACACUGUGACAAUACUUGGAGUACCCGGAGGAGAUAACUUAACGGAUUCUGCAGUAGAUGGGGAGGGAGGAGAGGAGGAGAAUGUGGAGGAGGAAGGAGAGGAGGAGGAGGACACGGAGUUAAGGCACUGCUUCUAUAAAGGACAUGUAAAUGCACAUGCAGAACACGCCGCAGUCAUCAGUUUGUGCUCCGGACUGCUUGGCACUUUCAGGUCUCCAGAAGGGGAGUAUUUUGUGGAGCCCCUGCACAGCUAUCAAGGAGAACACUAUGAAGAGGAACACACAAAACCUCAUAUUGUAUACAGGAAGAGUGCACCCAAGAAACAAACAUCAGGGGAGACCUCAGCUUGUGACACUUCAGGACACAAACACAGACAAAAGAGACACAAGCUGAAGAGGAGGCCAGCGGCUGGGGUGACCACCGUGUCCGAUGCAACCCCCGUGGUCAGCGCCGGCAUCUUCAGUGACGUGGAGUCGCUGAGCGCCAGCCUGGCCAGCAAUGCUCUGCUCAGAUCAGAGCGCAGCAGUGCUAGCACUAGACCGUCAAAUGAUAGCAGCGGUGACUCAGGACCUCACAGGAGAUCAAAGCGCUUCCUCUCCUACCCGCGCUUUGUUGAAGUCAUGCUGGUGGCCGACAGCAAAAUGGUGGAGCAUCACGGCAGCAACCUACAGCACUACAUACUCACACUCAUGUCCAUAGUGUCUUCCAUCUACAAGGAUCCCAGCAUUGGCAACCUGAUUAACAUUGUGAUUGUAAAGUUAGUCAUAAUUAACAAUGAGCUGGACGGUCCAGUCAUUUCAUUUAAUGCACAGACCACUUUAAAGAACUUCUGCAUCUGGCAGCAAAGCCAGAACAUCCUGGACGACAACCACCACUCUCAUCACGACACUGCCAUCCUCAUCACCAGGCAAGACAUCUGCAGAGCGAGGGAUAAGUGUGACACCUUAGGACUUGCAGAGUUGGGGACAGUGUGUGAUCCAUAUAGGAGCUGCAGCAUCAGCGAGGACAAUGGACUCAGCACUGCGUUCACCAUUGCCCAUGAACUUGGCCAUGUGUUCAACAUGCCUCAUGACGACAGUAACAAGUGUAAAGAAGAUGGAGUUAAGAUUCAGCAGCAUGUGAUGGCUCCCACACUUAACUACAACACAAACCCUUGGAUGUGGUCCAAGUGUAGCAGGAAGUACAUCACAGAGUUCCUUGACACAGGAUAUGGUGAGUGCUUGCUCGACGAGCCUGUUUCUAGGCCGUACGGUCUCUCGCAGCAGCUGCCUGGACGGAUAUACAAUGUCAAUAAACAGUGUGAAUUGAUAUUUGGGCCGGGGACGCAGGUGUGCCCUUAUAUGACUCAAUGUCGGAGGCUGUGGUGCACUAGUCCAGAGGGCGCCCAGCGGGGCUGCAGGACCCAGCACAUGCCCUGGGCGGACGGCACCGACUGUUCCCCUGGAAAGCACUGCAAGCAUGGCCUCUGUAUAGCCAAAGAACACGAUGCCACACCUGUGGAGGGAGCGUGGGGAGUCUGGAGUCCUUUUGGUACCUGUUCGAGGACAUGCGGCGGAGGCAUAAAGAUUGCCAUGCGUGAAUGCAACCGACCCGUACCCAGGAAUGGAGGAAUGUAUUGUGUUGGUCGCCGAAUGAAGUUCCGUUCCUGUAACUCUGAGCCUUGUUCCAAGCAGAAGAAGGACUUCAGGGAGGAGCAAUGUGCUGCUUUUGACGGCAGGCACUUCAACAUCAACGGUCUACCUCCGAAUGUUCGCUGGGUGCCCAAGUACAGCGGAAUUCUGAUGAAGGACAGGUGUAAGCUGUUCUGCAGGGUGGCGGGCAGCACAGCCUACUAUCAGCUCAGGGACAGGGUCAUCGAUGGGACGCCAUGUGGACCCGACACCAAUGACAUCUGUGUCCAGGGCCUGUGUAGGCAAGCGGGCUGUGAUCAUGUACUGAACUCUAAAGCCAGGAGGGACAAGUGUGGUGUGUGCGGUGGUGAUAACUCUUCCUGCAAAACUGUAGCAGGCACCUUUAACAUCGUACGCUAUGGCUAUAAUGAAGUGGUACGAAUACCCAGCGGUGCUACAAACAUAGAUGUGCGUCAACAUAGCUACUCAGGGAAGCCAGAGGAUGACAACUACCUCGCCAUAUCAAAUAGCCGUGGAGAGUUCCUGCUUAAUGGAGAGUUUGUGGUCAGCAUGUUCAAAAGGGAAAUCAAAGUAGGAAAUGCCAUCAUUGAGUACAGUGGCUCUGACCAUGUCAUUGAGAGGAUCAACUGUACUGACCGCAUUGAAGAGGAGAUCAUUGUCCAGGUGCUGUCUGUGGGGAACCUUUACAACCCAGAUGUCAGGUACUCCUUCAACAUCCCCAUAGAGGAUAAGCCUCAGCAGUUCUUCUGGGAUGCCUAUGGGCCCUGGCAGGAGUGCAGCCGUCUGUGCCAAGGGGAGCGCAAGCGGAAGAUUCUGUGCAGCAGGGAGUCGGACAGGGUGGUGGUGUCGGACCAGAGGUGUCACGGUACUGCUAGACCUGCUGUCGUCACUGAGCCCUGCAACACUGAAUGUGAACUCAGAUGGCACGUGGCUCGUAAAAGUGAAUGUACAGCCCAGUGCGGCCUUGGAUAUCGUACCCUAGAAAUUUACUGUGCCAAAAUCAGCCGCACAGAUGGCAAGACUCAGAAGGUAGAUGACCGCUACUGUAGUGGUCAGCGCAAACCUGAUGAUAAGGAAGGUUGCCAUGGAGACUGUAACCCGGGUGGAUGGGAGUACUCAUCCUGGUCAGAGUGCUCCAAGAGCUGCGGUGGCGGCACCCGCCGUCGAGGGGCAGUGUGUCGAAAGGCAGCUGAGGCUGGCGGGGAUGAGAGCAAAUGCAGUCAAAGGGACAAGCUGACCGUCCAACCCUGCAAUGAAUUCCUCUGUCCACAGUGGAAGACUGGCGACUGGUCUGAGUGCCUUGUGACGUGUGGAAAAGGCUACAAGCACCGUCAGACCUGGUGUCAGUUUGGUGAAGAUCGUCUAGAUGAUCGGUUUUGUGGCUCGUCUAAACCCGAGUCAGUGCAGACGUGCCAGCAGCAGGAGUGUGCCUCUUGGCAGGUCGGACCAUGGGGACAGUGCACUACCUCUUGUGGGCCAGGCUACCAGAUGCGAGCUGUGAAGUGUGUGGUUGGCUCUUACGGUGCUGUCAUGGAUGACACUGAAUGUAAUGCUGCGACUCGACCCACUGACACCCAGGACUGUGAAAUGGCCCAGUGUCCCAGCAGCCACCCUAUUCCCCCGGGGACCAAAGUCCCUUCCCACCAGGGCCACAAAACCCAGUGGCGCUUUGGUUCCUGGACCCAGUGCAGUGCCAGCUGUGGCAAAGGGACACGGAUGCGCUAUGUGAGUUGUCGUGACAACCAGGGUGGCGUGGCGGAGGAGUCGGCAUGUGCCCACCUACCAAAACCCCCGGCCAGGGAAGUGUGCUCGGUAGUGGCUUGUGGACAGUGGAAAGUGCUGGAAUGGACAGUGUGCUCCGUGACCUGUGGCCAGGGAAAGACGACACGACAGGUCCUGUGUGUCAACUUCAGCGACCAAGAGGUGAAUGCCAGUGAGUGCGACCCAGACGAUCGUCCUGCCACAGAGCAGGACUGCGCCAUGUCUCAAUGCCCGUCCCGCUCCACUGAGUCCCGACCUUUGCCGUCCUCACCAAACACCAGCACCAGGAACAACCUGCCCCGUAGCCAAUCCCACCAAUGGCGGACUGGACCCUGGGGCGCGUGCUCCAGCACAUGUGCAGGAGGCUUCCAGCGGCGUGUAGUAGUGUGCCAGGAUGAGAAUGGUUACCCUGCCAACAGCUGUGAGGAUCGCAGCCGACCCAAUGAGCAACGAUCCUGUGAGUCAGGGCCAUGUCCACAGUGGAUCUAUGGCAGCUGGGGAGAGUGCACUAAGCCAUGUGGAGGUGGAAUAAAGACAAGAUUGGUGGUGUGUCAGCGUCCAAAUGGCGAGCGUUUCAACGAUCUGAGCUGCGAGAUCCACGACAAGCCACCAGAUCGCGAGCAGUGCAAUACUCAGCCGUGUCCUUCUAGCCCCCACUGGAGCACAGACCCAUGGAGCUCGUGCUCGGCCUCCUGUGGAAGAGGUGUCAAGUCCCGUAAGGUGAGUUGUGUGACCAAGUCGGGUCGUCCCGUCCCAGAAGAAAACUGCCAGCAACUGUCCCCCAGACCUAGCAAGCAGAGGCGCUGCCGAGGUGGACGAUGCCCCAAGUGGAAGACUGGAAACUGGGGAGAGUGUUCAGCAUCAUGCGGCGACGGCAUCCAGCGCCGGGAGGUCCUCUGUCAGCUCGGUGACCGCCGCAGCGCGCUGGAGAGCGGCUGUCCCCAGCGCUCCCGACCGGCGUCCAGCCAGAGCUGCCGGGUGGCCGACUGUCCCUCCCGGUACCGGUGGAGAGAAGGAGACUGGCAGACGUGCAGUAAGUCAUGCGGAUCGGGCCACCGACAACGAGCUCUGCAGUGUAUAGACCACAACCAGCAGGAGGUCCAUGAGAUGUACUGUGUGAACCAGAUCAGGCCACCACACUUAGAGAGCUGCAACACUCAUGCUUGUGAAUUCAUCUGGAUCACAGGAGAAUGGACUGAGUGCUCAGCCAGCUGUGGCCAGGGCUACCGCCAGCGUCUGAUCUCCUGCAGUGAGGUGCAUGUGGACAAUGACAACUAUGAGUACGGCCAUCAGUCUUUGUCCAACUGCCCUGGGACCCCCCCUGAGAGCUACAUGCCUUGUAAUCUGGACCCGUGCCCAUCGCCACAGGAGUGGAGGGCUGGAAUCUGGGGACCGUGUUCAGUCAGCUGUGGGGAUGGAGUGACGGAGCGGACGGUGCAGUGUGUUUUAGCAGAUGGUCAACAAAGCAAUAGGUGCUCUCAAGAUGCAAGGCCAGAAGCCAGGAAAGUCUGCAGGAAUCCAAGCUGCCAUUUGCCUAUGAGCUGUCAAGACAUCCUGAGCAUUAAUGGUCCCAUCCCAGACAGCGAACACUUUCUCAGCAUUCAAGGAAAAGCACUCAAGGUCUACUGUGCAGGAAUGCAGACAGAAACUCCACAGGAGUACAUCACCUUGACAACCGGUGAAGGGGAGAAUUUUUCUGAGAUCUUUGGCUUCAGGCUCAAUGACCCCACCCAGUGUCCAGCCAAUGGCUCCAGAAGAGACGACUGUGACUGUCGGAGAGACUACACUGCUGCUGGCAUCACCACCUUCUCCAAAGUCCGCCUGGACCUCAGGAAGAUGAACAUCAUCACUACCGAUUGGAAUUUUGCUGUCACCCGCGAAGGCAAGAGUGUUCCAUUUGCUACAGCUGGAGACUGCUACAGCGCCGCCCGCUGUCCACAGGGUCGGUUUAGGUUAAACCUGUCAGGAACAGGUUUUAAGGUAGCUGAGGACACCUCAUGGGUCUCCCAGGGCAACUAUGCAGUGGCUAAUAUACAAAAAUCACAGGAUGGCAGCAGAGUGUCAGGAAUGUGUGGAGGCUACUGUGGCAAAUGUACACCGUCCUCUGGCCGCAGUCUGCCUGUAAUGGUGGAAUAGAUCUAAAGCCAUCAAACAGGUGUGGAAUGCAUUAGAAACGUGGUAACAGUACAUAUACGAAUAUCAAAUGCUUCAAAUCACAAAAACACAGAACUUUCUUUUGUCUGGUCUUCAUACUAGUGUGCAGAUUGAUGAGCUGUUAAUGACUGAUUGAGUGAGUGUGUGUCUUUUAUAUUUUUUUGCAUCCAUUUCCAUUGAUCUCAUCUUCAGGUGCUCAUCAUGUGAACACAUCACUCCUCUUUGGUGCUACAGCCAGUGCAUUGAGCUCAAAUCCAUCCUUCACAUAACCUCUUUAAAUCGCAUGUGUAUAGUGUAAAUAAAUCAGGUGUAAGUACUGUAAAUAACAGGAUAAAAUGUCUUAUUUAUUGUACUCACCAUUUAUUUUUAUAUUUUUGUGUAAUUUAAGAGUUGCAGUAGCAAACACCAACCAGUUGCCGUGUAUGAGAUUUUUGCCAGAGUGUGCCUUCCAUUUUGUAUAUUAGCCUAUUUAACUUUUUAGUGCUGUCAUUACUCCACAUUGCAUGUGUUACAGCCAGUUGUUUUAUCCAAUGAUGUUGUUGUUGUGAUGGUCACCAGUCCUGUGGUUCUUAUGCAGUGAAGUGUCUCCAAGCAGGGUUUUCUUUGCACAUGGUAGACAUACCCAGUAUAACCAUACUGAUUUUUUAAUUUAUUUUUUGUUCAGUUUCCUACUUAGGAUGUAUUUCUUAGCCAGAUGUGAGAGUCAGGACUUCCUAGCUGUGUGGAACUAUUGCAUUAGAUAGCAAACUACAAAUUUCAUUGCUUAAAAACAGUGAAAGUACACGUCCUCUGGGUUUGCUUCUAAAACGUUGUUUGUAACUGAUCAAAUCCAAAAGCAGGUGUCACAAACCAACUAAACUGUGUUCUCGCUGCCCCAUCUGCAUCUGUCCAGCUGUUGUGUCAGGUGCAGCACUUACACACUGCAGGAAAACGCCAGGUGUUGCUGCCAAACUGCUUUGGUAAUUUGAAGUACUGUUAUGGAGUCAUUUCAGUCUCUAACUAAAUACCAUUUAGAAUGUAUCGCCCAGAUAUAUGCAGGAGGUUUAUCCAUAGACAAAUACACUGAGGCAUAACACACAUGCACACAUACAUUACUGGAUCAUGAAGAGAAGAGUAUAGGUUACAAAACCCACAGAGAUUACGCUGCCAGACAUCAGAGACCUAAAUUCCUGUGUGUUCCUGCAUUUCUCCCAGGUAGUGUGCAGGGACCAGUGGGAGCCAUUAGCCUGUAGCUUUUACAGAAUAGUCCGGUUGUCUUAUCUGCAGCAGCUUGAAAGAAUUCAAAACUUCCUCAGGCCAAUAAAAUUCUAGUAGAUGCUCUGGAGAUAUAACACAAUAACCUGACCCUGGAGACACCUCUCAAACUGCUGAACCUGCAGGCCCUGCAGCGUGAUUUCUGUCCAGAUGCUGCUUGUAAACCGUUGUCUCCUGUACCUCACUUUCUGUUCUCCAUCUUUGUUUGAUUUUUUGUCCAAACUGUACAUAAGCUCCAAUUUAGAGCAUUUUGUUCUUUGUGAAGAUAUCAGGGUACUUUUUUAAAAUUUUAUGUAUGUUUUUGUAUCUCUUUCGCCACUGUUCUGCAGUAUUGUGAGCUGUUUUGUUUUAAAAUUUGCAGAAGAAUUCAAAAAGUGUAGACGAAAAUGCAAAAAGAAAUUAUUCAUUUUAUUCUUUAGAUUUAGAUUUGUACUUUAGAUAUAUGUACAACUCAUUAAGAAGCCAUAUUUGCUGUUCUGUAUGGUGCUAUUCCGGUGCCUUAAGUGAUAAUGUGCACACUUCAGUCAAAAGGGAAUUUAACACAGAUUUAAUCUGCAAUGAAACAAAAAUAAAAGACACGGGGAAGAAAAUAUUUUGUGUUUUACUGACAGUUUCAGCUGACAAAUGCACUUCUCAAUGUGAAUAUCAGAAAGUAGUUCAGCCAAUAUAGUUCUCAGGUGUCAUAAAUGAAGGGAUUAUUAUAUUUAAGUGUAUUUAUCUUAUUUGACACAUUUGCCAUGUGUUUAUCAGGCAACUGAAUGUGUAUUAUUAGCUUUUAACAAUGUAAAGUCUCUUUUUAUAUUCUUUAUUUUACAUGCAAGUAUUUAUUUUACCUUUUCUUGUGAAUGUACAUUAGCCUUUUCCAUACUGACUAUGGAUUACCACACCGUAUUGCCAUGAAAUGAACCAUCUGGCAGCACAUUUCUUGUUUUAUGAAUGCAUUUAUUUGUACAUAUAAAUGUGUCAUAUUUGCAUAAACUGUAUAAGCAGAGUUUGGUGCUGCCACAUGAAAAGUAUGAUUUAUGGAUGAGACCGGAUAAGACAAUGAUUGGAGAUUAAUAAAAUGUCUGACACGCGC